UCCAAAUGGGAUUUAUGAAAUGAUAUCUCCAAAGAUAUCCUCUCUCUCUGCUUCUAGACCCCACUUUUCCUAUCUCUUUUUGCCCCUUUCCUCUCUAUCCUCUCUCUCUCAACAAGUCAUCUUCUUCUUCCUCCUUGCGAAUCUUGUUCCUUUGGCUGCUUAACUAUCAUCUCUACCUUGAUUCACUUCACCGUCUCUAUUACUCGAUUAGCAGGUUCAAUUAUUGAAGCUUGUUGUUGCUAAAUUCGGUGUGAAGUUAGGUUAUUUUUGAGAAGCAAAGUUUGUGAAAUUGUAUUAUGAAGAGAGGGAAAGAUGAGGAGAAGAUAUUGGAACCUAUGUUUCCUCGGCUUCAUGUGAAUGAUGCUGAUAAAGGAGGGCCUAGAGCUCCUCCUAGAAACAAGAUGGCUCUUUAUGAGCAGCUUAGUAUCCCUUCUCAGAGGUUUGGUGAUCAUGCCUCGUUAUCUCAUAAUUCCCGUAGUAGCACAACCACUUUGAUUCAUCCUCCUGGUAGUCAGUCUUGUGGUGUGGAAAGAAACUUAUCUUCCCGGCAUCUUGAUUCUUCAGCUGCAAACGAAGCAACUGAGAACUGUGUAUCCCAAAUGUCCUUUAUGGAAAAUGUGAGGUCUUUGGCACAACAUGAUCAGAGGAAAAUAGUGAGAGAGGAAGAAGAGUUCGCAGUUCCAGUAUUUAUCAACUCAAGAAGAUCUCAGGGUCAUGGCAGAACCAAGAGUGGUAUUGAGAAGGAAAAACACACCCCAUUGGUGGCACCUAGCUCUCGUCACUCCACUCAAUUUCAAGAAGUGAAUCGCCCAGGCUCAAAGCAAAACAUAUGUUUGGCUAAUUUUUCGAACCUUGAGGGUAGGGAGCAGGUCAAGGCGAAUACAAAGUCAGGUGGCUUUGUAAUCUCUUUAGAUUUAUCAGUCACAGAGGGAAUGAAUCUCGAAAAAUCAGCAUCGAGUUAUGACAGAGUAAAUGAUGGUAAUGCUUCCUUAAGACAAGAGUCUAAAAAUCGUUUAUACCGAGAUGGUGGCGCAACACGUGUGAUGGACACUGAUAAUGGAGCUGAAUCUCACUUGGCAACGGAAAGUCAUUUAGAAGAGGAUCAUGGAAGUCCUGAAGACAUUGAUACUGGUCGUGAAUACAGCAGAAGCAGAGGAUGCGCCUCUCUGCAGCAGAUAAAUGAAGAUGCAAGUGAUGAUGUUUCUGAUGAUUCGAUUGUGGAUUCUAUAUCCAGCGUAGAUGUCACUCCCGAUGACGUUGUGGGAGUAUUAGGUCAAAAACGUUUCUGGAGAGCAAGGAAAGCUAUUGCCAAUCAACAAAGAGUAUUUGCGGUUCAACUAUUUGAGUUGCACAGACUGAUUAAGGUUCAAAAACUUAUUGCUGCAUCACCGGAUAUUUUGCUCGAUGAGAUAAACUUUCUUGGAAAAGUUUCUGCUAAAAGCUAUCCAGUGAAGAAGCUCGUUCCGUCAGAAUUUAUGGUAAAGCCUCCUCUACUACAUGUUGUCGUCAAACAAAGGGGCGACUCGGAGAAGACUGACCAACAUAAAAUGGAAAGCUCAGCUGAGAACGUUGUUGGGAGGUUGUCAAACCAAGGUCAUCAUCAUCAACAAUCCAACUAUAUGCCUUUCCCGAACAACCCACCCGCUUCACCAGCUGCAAAUGGAUAUUGCUUUCCUCCUCAGCCUCCUCCCUCGGGAAAUCAGCAAUGGUUGAUCCCUGUAAUGUCACCUUCUGAAGGGCUGAUAUACAAGCCUCACCCAGGUAUGGGGCAUCCAGGAGGGUAUUAUGGUCAUUUUAUGCCUCCACCCAUGGUAAUGCCUCAGUAUCACCCGGGCAUUGGAUUCCCACCUCAUCCUAGUAGUGGCUACUUCCCUCCAUAUGGAAUAAUGCCCACCAUGAUGAACCCUUAUUGCUCAGGCCAACAACAACAACAUCAUCAGCAACAACAACCCAAUGAGCAGCAUAUGAAUCAGUUUGGGUAUCCUGGAAAUUUUCAACACCAACAACAACCCAAUGAGCAUAUGAAUCAGUUUGUGUAUCCCGGAAAUCUUCAGAACACCCAACAACAGAGCUCGGUUAAUGAAGCUGCUCCACAGGAACAGCAACAGCUAACAAAGUCUUACCCUCGGGCUCGAAAGAGCAGGCAAGGGAGUACAGGAAGCAGUCCAAGUGGGGUUGAGGGUAUCGCUGGUAACAAGUCCUUUCGGCCCUUCUCAGCCAUUGAUGACAGCAACAAUAUCAACAACGAACGUGAGGAUAUGAUGACAACAACCACAACGACAACCAGAACAACUGUUACUCAGACAACAAGAGAUGGAGGAGUGACGAGAGUGAUAAAGGUUGUACCUCACAAUGCGAAGCUCGCAAGUGAGAAAGCUGCCAGGAUUUUCCGGUCAAUACAAGAAGAACGUGAACGCUAUGACCCAUCCUCGAACUCUUAAGCUUGCGACUCAAGAUAUGUAUUUUACCAAAGUAGAAAAGUGUGAUAGAUGUUAUUCUCAAUAUAUGUACCAAUGUAAACGUAUUAUGUGAGCCUCAUUUAUGUAUGUUAAUUGUCUUAAAAAGUCUUGAAAUCACUA